AAAUUUCGUCGUUCUCCAUCUGUUUCCUUCCAGUGUAAUUAUUGCAAUUGAAUAUUGUUCAGAAUGAAACCAAUGAAACAAUUGUUCCUAAAGUUUGGCUUGUUAUGUUUGUUGCUUCACGAAAAUGCCGAAGGAGUUCAAAGAUUCGAUGACGAGAUUUCCAUUGCCAUUGGGGAAAAGGGCAAAAAACAGCUGAGGGAACUGGAGGAGAAGAGCCACCUACCACGGUACGGCGAAUGUUGGCUUCAUGCUUUGGAACACCUCCGGGAUGGGUGCCGAAUGUUGACCGAUACAAUACAGGUAGAUUUGGCGUUACACUUCACCAACUGCUUCAUGGAGAUGUCCGGUCAGGAGCGGCUGGAUUGCGUGUCAGAGCGAACCGAGGCACUGAAACGGCUCUGCAUGAGCGAGAUGAGUGACCGGGCCUUCGCGGUGUACACGGAAUUUUUCACGCAAACGCAAAAUAUGUGCUUCUUCCUGCAGAACCAACGGUGGCAAGUGCUAGCGGAUCAGACCAUCGAUAGGUUAAGCGUACGGUCCAGGGAUGUUAGCGAGCAGUUGGAGGUAGCCAGUAAGGUCCAGAGAACAGUCUUGGAGCAACAGAAGGAGGGAAUGAAGAUGCAGGGGGAGAUGCUGCAGUUGGGAGGGCAUUUGGCGAAGACACUGAAUGGGUCCCAGGAAGUGCUAGAUAGAUUGACGAUGGAUUUGAGGAAUUCUACCACCGAGCAUCGGGCUGUUUUGAAGGAACUGUUUCACGAGUUUUAUCUGCUCCAUAGUUGGAUCGUUGGGAGGUAUGCUUUCGUAGAUAGGAUCGUCUUCUAUUUCAGCUUUCUGGCGGCGGUGAUGGUGGCUUCUUCACCAAAGAGGACGAGUAAAGCUCGAUCUUAUUUGAUUUUGAACGUGAUGGGGAGUGCAGUGCUGGAAGUAACUUUGCCGCUGUUGUUCCCGUCUUUAGAUGACAUCCAGAAAGAUCGUAUCCAUUGGACGAUUCGAAAGCUGUUUGCCCUAACUGGGGCUGUUAUAUUCGGAUUCUACUGUUAUCGCUACCAGGAUGAAAAUGCCAAACUGUUGAACGAGAUCAAAGAACAAAACCGCCAAAUCAUGGAAAGCAUUCUUCGAAUGAAGCUGGAACCUCCGGUUGCAUUGAGGACUUCCCCGAAGCAAGCAGACCAAGACCAGCAGCAGUCUGCGUUCAGUAGUCACGUUUCACAUUCCCACGAGAGCUAUCGGACGGUGGCUCGAAGUUUACUCUCGCCUUCCACCGUGGCAGAACCGGAUACGACCGAUAACGAAAAAGAAAACAGUUCAAACGAACGCCGUUCGGUGAGCAGGUCCCUACGGUUGACACCGGAACGGAAAGAGCGGGCGGCGAUAAUGAGGGAACCGUCCCGUACAUCGGAAUCGAGUGUGUCGCACGCUUCGCGGUAUAAUUUGAGAAGGAAGACUUAAAUUUUUUUUUAGGUAAGCUAUAGCUAUAGCAUUCAUGGUAGUCUGGGUUAUAAUGUAACAUACCGAUAUCCCGACCGGGGUUUCGAUAACUGUACUGUCGACAUUUUAAGUGAUUGAUUUAAUUUAUAACUUAUAUGAUUAAGCCACCAUUGUUACAUUUGAAAUAACAUC